UCUACUGUUUGAAGUGUCUGCUCAGCUUGCAUUAUUUCUAGGAAAUCCUGCAUCACACCUUUAUCCAUAGCCUUCCCUUUGGUCUUUAAUCAAGAAGUUUUAACUGUGGACAUCAGAUUUGGUGGAGCAGCAAUCAUGACUGUGGGCAAGAGUAGCAAGAUGCUGCAGCACAUUGACUAUAGAAUGAGAUGUAUCCUGCAAGAUGGCCGGAUCUUCAUUGGCACCUUCAAGGCUUUUGACAAACAUAUGAAUUUGAUUCUCUGUGAUUGUGAUGAGUUCAGGAAGAUCAAGCCAAAGAAUGCAAAGCAGCCAGAACGUGAAGAAAAGCGGGUUUUGGGUCUGGUGUUGCUGCGUGGGGAGAACUUGGUAUCCAUGACUGUGGAGGGGCCGCCCCCCAAAGAUACUGGCAUCGCUCGAGUACCACUUGCUGGAGCUGCAGGAGGCCCUGGAGUUGGUAGGGCAGCUGGCAGAGGAGUACCAGCUGGUGUACCAAUUCCCCAGGCUCCUGCUGGGUUAGCAGGUCCAGUCCGAGGAGUUGGGGGACCAUCCCAGCAGGUAAUGACUCCACAGGGAAGAGGCACCGUAGCAGCUGCUGCCGUUGCUGCUACUGCCAGCAUUGCUGGAGCCCCAACCCAGUAUCCCCCAGGACGAGGGACCCCACCUCCUCCUGUAGGCAGAGCAACACCACCUCCAGGCAUUAUGGCUCCUCCACCUGGUAUGAGACCACCCAUGGGCCCACCAAUUGGACUUCCCCCUGCUCGAGGGACACCAAUAGGUAUGCCCCCUCCAGGAAUGAGACCCCCUCCACCAGGAAUUAGAGGUCCACCUCCCCCAGGAAUGCGUCCUCCCAGACCUUAGGAUACUGAUACUAUUGAUACAUCUCAGUUACUCCCCCUUACCCCACAGUGUGUCUUGUGAAAUUGUGUAGAGUGUUUAUGAGCUUUUUGUCCCCUUUCUGCAUUAAUAAUAGCUAAUAAUAAAUGCAUAGAGAAAUUAAA